AUGUACGCCACACAGAGCUGCAUAUCUUCUCCGACGAAGGCCGAGAAAUUCGUAGCGAAGUUUAAUUCAGAGGAAAUGGAACGCACGGAUUUAUCUACUAAUCGGCCGAGAAGAGUUGACGCGGCCGGGACUCGAACCGCGGCGCAUGGAAUGGACGCCAAACGCAUUGACUACUAUACCGCAAAGCCAGGAUUCAACCUGCCAAAAAUAGAAUUAGUUAAGCUCAGCGGGAAUCCGAUAGCAUUCUGGAAGUUUAUGAAGGCGUUCCAAAUGAGCGUAGCUGAUCGGCUGCUUGACGACAGCAAUAAAUUGAUGUACCUUCUCCAUUAUUGCUGUGGGGAAGCCAUGGAGGCCAUUGAACACUGCGUGUUCCUUCCUGGAAAGACAGGCUAUCAAAGAGCCAUGGAUAUCCUAAAGACGCAAAUCAUCAACAUGGUCGUUACUUCACAUGUUGCAUUCGACCUGAGAGCUAUCCUGAAAGCCGAAAGUCCAGGUAGCCAGUACAACAGAAAUUAUCACGGUAGUAGACUGGGACGGUUGGGUGGGAAUGACGACCGACGUUAUCCCAAGAACGAAAAUAUGCGUGCUCAAAAUACAUCCAGUUAUUUUACAAAUGUCACUCCAGGGAAAACUUCCUCGUUGAACAAAAGCAACCUAUCAUACUCGACCUUGGGCUUUCUUCCCUGUUUUUAUUCUAGUCCACAACUUACCAAAGUUAAAUAG